AGAGCACAGCAGAACGGCCCUGAUCGUCGCCGCAGUCGAAGAGUGACGCGCUUCUAGAAGCCGAAUGUAUCCGUGCAAUGUCGUUUCGUGCCGCUCUGUGAAACAUGUAAAGUGUUCAAGCUCGGUGAUUCAGUCGGUGAUUACUGAUAUAUAUGUGCAUAUAUAUACAGAACAGAAGCAAGAAACAACGAGAAGAUAGUCAAGAAAAAAUGGUGUGCCGCCAGCAACGAUUCCUCCUUGCCGUCGCUCUUCUCUCGCACCUGUACAGAGACUCAACUGCUCUGAAACCGAAUCUAUCAUCGACGACCGAUCAAAUUAUUAAGAAAGAAGGCGACCGUUUGUGGCUGCAAUGUUCCGGCGAAUCGGAAAUUGUCUUCAUGUAUCCCAUUAACUCGACAGAGUUUCCUCAUACAUCAGCCAUCGAAAUAAACAAAAACCGAGAUAAGAAUGGCACCUACACGUACGAGUUUGUUCGACCGAAUGCAGUCUAUGGGGACACUGGUUGGUAUGGUUGUUCAGAUCACUUCAUCGAAACCUCCGCACGCAAUUAUUCCGACCCAGAAGUCAACUGGGUGUACGUUUUUGUCGAAUCUGAAACCGUUCGGUUUGUUGAACAAACAUAUUACAAGAGUUUAAUAGCCGUUGUAGGCGAGAACAUUGUUAUACCUUGCAGACCAACGUCGCCAACAGCAGAGGUCCAUCUCACAAAACAAGACGAAGAUCUCGACAUAAACGAUGCACCGUCUUUCGAUCCAAAAUUUGGAUUUACAUUAUACGACGUCAAACCACACGACCAAGGUUUGUACGCGUGCAGCAUCGCUCCUAAUGAAGAGGUCUUGUAUCAUAUAUAUGUAACGAAGAAAUACAAUCUGACUGAACCAACAAUUAUCAAUGAUACUUUGCGGCACGUAACAAAGGGCGAAACUCUAUACGUGAAUUGCACCACCAAUAUUCCAAAGGAUGUCGUUGACUAUACAUUCAAUUGGUCUACACCGCAACAGAGCAACAGAAUCAGUACCCGUGACUACACCGGAAGUAACGGUAAAAUCACGACCGAAUUAACCAUAAAAAACGUGACCUACGAGGACGAAGGUAUCUACCAGUGCAUAAUCAAGAGCUUUUAUACCGAGAAGAAAUCGCAAACGUAUAUCAAGGUGCUCGAGUCGAUCGAGCCAUACAUCAGCCUGACGACUCAAGAUCCUAACAGACAUUAUCAACAUCAUAUGGGUGAUCAAGUGAAGUGGGUUGUGUAUGUGGACGCGUAUCCCCCGGCUAAAUUAAAAUGGUUGAAUACAAACGGCGACGAAAUCACGAGUUCGUCGACGUCCGAGGAAUCUAAAUUUUCGAUCGAUGUCACAUGUUGCAAGCCGAUAUUGCGAAUAAACCGUUUGGAAUUCCAUGACAUGGGAGUAUAUUCCAUCCAGGCUAGCAAUCAGUAUAAAAUGGAUACAUUGAACUUUACGUUGGACGUAAUUGCUGAGCCAGUAUUGUACAUAAGGAAUCUGAACUCGUACUACUUACCUAAUCAGGUGGCAAACGUAGAAUGUCACGUGGCAGCGUUCCCGAAGCCGAAUAUUACCUGGAGUUACCGCAACUGUCCCAAAUUCCCUGUCUGCGAGAAUGGUGUCCAUGAGUACUUAACGCACACCACGGAAAGCGGAACCGUAACUUCCCUGGUCUCUACAGUGUCGACGACCAUUGAAAUGUCCGGCGAACUAAUCUGCAGCGCGUGCAACAUUGUUGGCUGCGGAAACGUCUCCGAGAAUGUGUUGGUUUCCGAUGGAGCCGGAGAAUUCGGUAUUGUUCCUCCAAUGGACCCGGUGGUCGAGGGCGACGAUUUGGAACUAAUUUGCGCCGCUUCGAUUUACAAUUAUACGGACAGCAUUUAUUGGAGCAGCGAAACUGGUCCAAUUGUAGAAUCUGACAGAAUCUCUAUCCAACGUGAGAAAACGCAAUUCACGUAUAGAUCUAUUUUAAGAAUACAGAACGUAGAAAUGGAGGACUCCCAGGAAUACAUUUGUAUGGGGAAGUCCACGGGGAAUUUAGUUCAGUCUCAUGAAUAUCAUUUGGCAGUGACGGCCGCACGACCGCCCGUUAUCAGUAAUACCAAUUUCAAGAAAGACACCAUAGUCAUUGAUUUGAACACACCAGGUAACAAGAAAGUAUGUCUUAAAUGCUUCGCGGACGGUAUGCCUAAUCCGAACAUCACUUGGUUUAAGGACGGUACACAAUUGGUAGAAAAUAACGAACGGUACAAGUUUUUCAACACGUACCAACAAUUUGAAAUACAAUAUCCGAUAGAAAUCGACAGCGGCGAGUACAUGUGUCGCGCACAGAAUCGCAUUGCAAAAGUAGAAGCGCAACAACGGGUCGUGGUAAAAGGGAAGGGAGUGCCGGUAGGUCUGAUCAUUUUAGUCAUCAUGUUAGCAGUGGUCGUUGUGGUCCUGGUGAUCUACUUCACCAUCAAAGUUCGCCGUGAAAGAAUGAUGAGAAAGGAAUUAAUGGAAGCUGGUCUGAUGCAUUUUGAGGAGGGAGCUGUGGAGUGCCUAAAUCCAGACUUGACGGUGGAUGAUCAAGCGGAACUCCUGCCCUAUGAUAACAAGUGGGAAUUUCCAAGAGAAAAAUUGAAAUUAGGAAGACAAUUGGGAAGCGGCGCGUUUGGUGUAGUCUUGAAAGCGGAAGCUCAAGGGAUUUGCGAGAACGAGCCAGUUACUACUGUAGCUGUAAAAAUGGUACGCCGUGCUACCAAUCUCACGUAUGUUCGUGCACUUACCAGCGAACUGAAGAUCUUGGUACAUCUUGGCAAACAUCUAAACGUUGUCAAUCUUCUUGGUGCUUGCACAAAAAAUAUCUUGAAACGUGAAUUGUUAGUGAUCGUAGAAUACUGCCGAUUUGGAAAUUUGCAUAACUACUUGUUGAGGCAUAGAGGCGACUUCAUCAAUCAGAUCGAUUCAGCAACUGGCAAAUUUGAUCCCAGUAUCGGUCUCGAUCUACUCACGAGAACUGCUAGCGUGUGCAGCACGAACAGGAUAAAAUAUGCGGAAUUGUCAUUUUCUCGCAGUAUCAGCCGUAAUUUGGGAACUGAUUCGGUGCAGUAUCACGCCGCAGCUACAGAUUCCCAGGGUAUCAGUAUGUCGCCAGAUGGUACCGUACUUAGUAACGGUUCCACUCAACCUGGGUGGUGUAACUAUCGGGGAGACUACAAGGACUAUAAUUUAAAACCAAUUUGUACGCAAGAUCUGUUGUCCUGGGCAUUUCAAGUAGCUCGUGGAAUGGAAUAUCUCAGCCAGAGAAAGGUACUGCACGGUGACCUGGCUGCUAGAAAUAUUCUGCUAGCCGAGAACAAUGUUGUAAAGAUAUGCGACUUCGGUCUGGCAAAGACCAUGUAUAAAGAAGAAAAUUAUAAAAAGAAAGGUGAUGGUCCAUUACCAAUUAAGUGGUUGGCCAUCGAGUCGAUCAGAGAUCGAAUUUUCUCCACGCAAUCGGACAUUUGGUCAUUCGGUAUAGUUCUGUGGGAGUUCUUCACACUGGCCGAGACUCCAUAUCCUGGCAUGGAGGCGGAAAUACAGUACCAGAAGCUAAUUGAGGGUUACAGAAUGGAGCAGCCUGAAUAUGCUACUCCCGAAGUGUAUGAAAUAAUGCGCCAAUGUUGGAAGGCCAAGCCUACUCUACGUCCGAGUUUCACGGAGUUAGUCGACAGUAUAGGAAAUUUGUUGGAGGACAGUGUGAGAGCGCACUACAUUCAAUUAAAUGAUCCGUACCUGGACAUGAACACGAUUCUGCUCGAGAGCGGAAAGGACGAUUACCUGACGAUGUUGUCGGCUCCUGAUCAUGCUAUGCUGUCUUCACCGACUCACGAGUACGUGAACUCGCCUAUAUCUGGAUCCACGGUGGAUUCUGCCUAUUUGUGCAUGAGUCCCAGAAGCCAAACAUCAGAGUCAGGAAUAUUCAGUCCUAGACCCCAUCAAGAACGGACCCAUUUCGAUUUCCCGUCUCCAACGUCUGACUGUGAGGACGCUGUGGAAAUGUCGCCGAUGCUGAAGAAGCAGGAAGAUGAUCCGUAUCUCAAACCCAUUGAUGUCCACGAGCGGAGGGCAGAGUUUGCUAGAAACAGACAAAUGAUGAAGAAUCAGGUCGGGGUUCAUCAUCCAGCUCGGGAUUCCGGUUAUUGCAACGCGCCGAAGAAUUUAGAGCUCAUUGAUCUGAAUAAAAAAAACGACGAGAUCGCGAAGAAGUCGGAGAUGAAUUCGAACCCAACGGCCAAGAUGGGCUUCGCUCCGCCAAUCAUUAGGACUCAGGACAACUACGUAAAUAUGCCUCGGCAGAAGUGCGAUAUGAAGAAGGACUUGCCUGACGGAUUCAGCAAUCCUAGUUACGUGAUCAUAGGUAAUUGAGAGGCGAAUCGAAUACCGGGAUCUCAAGUGUUUGAAAAAUUCUGCUCCAGAGAGCAAUUCGUUUGAAAGUGCUUUUCGCUCGUGCGAUUAUCGUCUGCGAGAAUUUGUGUGUUUGAGUAUGCGUGACGUCAGGAUAAAUAUAGCGUAUAUUAUGUUAUACAGAAUAGUGCACAUACAAAUAUGUAAAGUAUAGCUUAGUACGUAAAAUAAUUGAUCCAAUGUGCCAUGAUAUGUUCGGCUAAUAGUGCACAGUCGGAUUAUACUGGAAGGGAGAAAAGAACCGAGCGAAGCUGUUGUAUCGAAAGUAUUAUAAAUAUGAUAGAGAAGAAUAAUACGAACAACAUGUCUAAAAAAACAUACUCAAACAGACGUGUUCAUAUCUUUUAGAAGCCAAGUGGGAUUUAAUUAAGAAACGAUUAUAUCCGAACAAAUUAGUGAAACAUGAAUAGGGAGGUUUGAGGGAAACGAAUUUGAACGUUCCUUUGGACAAUCCAUGACAGAAUUUUGUACAAUUCUGUACAAUCCAUUGCAUGGAAUGCUUAAAACUGCCUGCAAUGGGAUGCGUGCUUGUAGAAUCAUUAUAUACAGUUCUGUCGAUAAACGAAACAGCAGUCCGAAGAAUGAGAUUUUUCGUAUUGAACGAAUUUUCCAGGGUCAAUUGAAUCUUGAGUACAUUUAUCUAGACAAUUGUUUUAUUGCUGACGUAAUAGUUCAUUGUUUGAAUACAAAGUAUGUGGGUCCGCUUUGUGAUCUAACGAGCAUGCAGAAUUCGGUGGAAAAUAAUAAUGCAGUUCGAAUAUCGAUUUUGCAUUCGUUUUCGAAAAACUUGUGUUAAGAAGUUCGGUUCGGUAUGCUGGUUUGAAUAAGACGACGCUAUCAUUCAUUUCUUAUCAUUAUUAUUUAUUAUACGCACGAACACAAGCAUAUCAACCGAAUUUUUAUCGUCAAGUUAUUUGGCAAAUUCACAACAUUUUGUACUUGGUCCUUUCAUAUUUUACGUAUGUUUAUUUUUCACUGUGAUUUGAUAGUCUGAAAGUGGACAAUUGGUAAAAAGUUAUUUCCUCGAUACAAAUUUUCUACAAAAUUCUGUGAAAUUGUUGUGACGUAGAUUUCAUUCUUACAAAGUGAAAUAUAAUAUAAAUGCAUAAACAUUUUUUUGACUGUUCGGGUUCCAAAUUGUUAUAAAUUGAAUUGUUAAAUUGAAAUUGUUUCGACGUCGAAAUUUUGAUGUAACACGGGAAUAGUGUGUUUAGGGUAACGUACAGUUCAGACUAUUCAUUUUAUGCAGACUAUUGUUAUGGCGCUAGACAAUACACCUAAAGAGUUGUAUUGUAAUUUUAAUUCUAAUUGUGACCGAAUGUACAAAAAAAUAUUAAGAGAGACAUAGAAACGAUACCAUGAAGAUAUUUACAUAGGCGUUUACAUAACGAUAAGGGUUUAAUAUAAAUGCUUUUGACCACGUACUUAUUAACUGUCAAAGAUAGAACCACUGCUUCUAAAAGCGUCGAUUCGAAUCGAAUCGCUUUGAUCAGUAACAAGUUCUGUAUGGAUGAGCACGGACUUGCUAAUCAGUACUUAAUACUCACUGUAACGCGAGUUUUUGUCACAGGGUUUAGCGUUAUCGAUUAACAAGUUUCGAGAAAUUUAUCAGUGUAUACUGCGACCAAAGACGUGUAACGUUUCAAUGUCGGCGAGGUGUUUCAUAUUUGUAUCGAAAUAUUUUUCUACGUAGAGACACUCGAAUAAGAAGAUUUAUUAAUCAUAAACUAUUUUAUACGGAACUAUGAAAAAUAAAAGAUUUAUCUAUAAAACA